AUGUCCAAUAGAAUCAUGGUUGGAAAGUCGCAAGCAAGGCCAAGAAGGGUACCCCAUAUUGCCGAAAUCGGAUUGCGAGAUAUUUCUACGGCGGUCGAGUCGUGGAGGCUGGCCUUUGAGAACGAUCCUCUGCAUAGGUACAUGCGUGAAGGCAAGAGGCCAUCCCGCGGUUGGCAAUUCGUAGAAGGUCUUUACAUGCGAUGGUUUCUUUUCGUUUGGCGGCGACGCAACAUUAUGUUGGUGGUGGAGCAUGGUCAAUCUUAUGUUAGGGCGACAAUCCCAGAACACCGACCUAUUUCGAUUAUUGAUCUAAUACUCGACUGGACGGUAGCAGUGAUCACCUGGACUUUGGACUCGGUGCGGUCAGCAGAAAUAAAGAAGCGGCGUAAAGAGAUUUUGGGAAAGCUUGCGAGUGCCAAUGAAAGGCUUUAUGGUGACCGGGUGAAGAAUAUGGUCCAUAUAGAUGGCUUGGCCACGAGUCCACGGAGCCAGGGCAGAGGUCACGCAGGCGCCCUCCUCGACGCUGUGACUGCAGAGGCAGAUGCGGCCUCCCGAGCAACGUAUCUAGAGUCAAGCAAUGUCGCUAACACGGGAUUCUACGAAUCUCACGGCUUCAGAACUGUCGGAGAGAUCGUAUGCGGGGACGACAAUCCGGCAUGGAAAGAGCCUCCAGUUGUUGUGAAACUGAUGGUGCGAGAGGAUGAGUCGUAG